UUUUAAGAUAAAUAUUUCCAAAAUGCUUGGACAAGAAAAUUUGGCYGCAAAUUUCUGCGGUUUAUUGGCGGCUCAAGGAUUUAAAGAAAAGGCAAUUGAAUGGCGUAUACUUGGACAGGAGCGUGAUGGUUCAAUGCUUAUAUCAUGGACUUUUGAGGAUUUAAAUACAAGCGUACGGGAAACUUGCAUAGGUCAUUUUGAUGCAACUACUAAGACGUUUCGUAUUCUGUUCCGAUUUGUUAAAGAAUGUCGGCAAAUUAUACAAGCCACUAUUAAUAGUAAUAAAACUUUGUUAGUAUAUGUUGAGAAGAAAAUGUUUCUUGUUGAAAACGAAGAAUCUCGUCUCCGCUACCAAGCAUAUAUUGUUCCGACAUGUGUUGCAGAUGAAGGUGCAACAGGUAUUUCUUUAUUGGAAUCGCCAACACAUCGGCAAGUAAUGAGCCAGUUUCUGUGGAGGAACGAGAAGGAAUAUGAAAUAAAAAGUAUUCAAGAAAAAUUUAUACUGCUUAUUCAUGAGACUUGUAUAAUGCAAUUCGUUUGCAACUURAAACAAAUGGAAACAAAUGGGGAUACAUCAUCAGAUGAUAAAUUGCAUUUAGAUGCAAGCAUGCUUACUUCCGAAACGAUUGCUAAACAUUUCAGUUGGGCACAAUGGGAUUCAGAUAAUCAGGCAUUAUAUUAUAUACAUUUAAAGCCAAAGGCAAAAAGUUUGAGUCUAAUGGAUCGCGAUGAAACCGAAAAAACUAAAGGAAAUGAAUUAAGUCCCACGCUAUCAGCUUUUCAAUUUAAUGAAAAGUUGCCCACAGAGACAGUGUUAAACAUUCCACUAAAUWUGCCGAAAUUACCACAAGGAUCUUUUGACAUUGAACUGAUCUACGAGGACGACAUUGUUCCAUUGAGGGUUCAUGACUCUUCAUUAAAUUUAAUUAUUUUGACUAAUGGCGCCGGGAUGUUAUUUGUUUGCCAUUAUUAUCUUUAUCAACCAAUACAACCAAAAAAUGUAGACGACACACCAGCUGAUGGUGCUGGCCCAUCCCAGAAGGUAAAUGUUCAUUUCGCAUAUUCGGUAACACUUCUUCACCAUGGCUGCGUAGUUCAUUGCGUUAUGCCGGGUGUACCGUGGGARAAGGCGCGUUUACUCAAGCCAACAUUCGCCCUUCAUGGUACCCAUCAUUUGCUAGUUUUUCAGCCGGAUUUAUUUGUACAUUUAUUAGAUGUGGGAUUGAGUCAUGAGCCGUGCUGCCAUAUAGUGUGUCCUGCACAUAAUCGCAAUCCGCUGACUCAACUUGUACCAUGUCAAAAAUGGGGAUCAUUAGCAUAUGAUACUGCAACUUUGGACUUGGUUUCACUAAGUGUCCCACGUGGUCAUUUGAUUGAAGCUUUCCGUAAUGACACAUCGGUCGAUAAUCGUCUCAGUAUUAUUCAUUAUUUUCUACUGCAUUCUAAUGAUAUGGAUGUCCUCGCAGAAUUGCUUGGCAUAAUAAUGGAAAGACCCCUGUCAUUGGAUACUGUAGCAUUGCUUAAAGAAGUUUUGGUGGCGGGUAGUUAUGCUGCCACACUACGCAAUCUGCCACCGGAUGCGGUAUCAUUUACACGAUUUUUACCUCUUACGACUGCUGAUUCAACACGACCAAUUCAGGCGCGGGUAGCCGAUAUUAACGUAGGUUUGUCGCAUGAAAGCCUAUAUAAUACCACCAUGAUGUUGCUAUCACCUCAUCAACGUUUAUCUCCUUAUCACUCGGAUAUUUGGACCCGUUUAUGGGAACAUUUAAACGAAGCUGAACAAAAGGAGAGACACCGUUUCAAUGCGGAGCAAGUGACCGAAAAGCUUAUGUUUUCGUUAUCAUGCUAUCAACCCGAAGCGCUAUCGCGUUGCACAACACCAUUGACYCCGAGCGGAAAUAUGGGAAAUAGCUUCAACGAUUUUUCUUUUUCCAAUAAACGUAACUGCAGUGAAGUGUUACCCUUUAUCGAAACGGAGACAUGCACAGCAACAAAACAGGAACAUGUUAUAUCAGUGAAUAUGCGUGAAUUGAGCGUACAUCUAGUUAAGCACUCCGUUAAACCCAAUGCAGGGUUUCGUUGGCUGAAAGAGACAUUUUUCGAGCGCUCACAGGCUCCAGCCCAUGUACAUGCCGUUGUCACGCAGUAUGUAAGCUCACAACUAGAAUUAUCGCGAGCGCUAUGUUCCCUCGUUUGUCGCGCGGCGGGCCUUGAUGCACGUAAUGAGACGGCGCGCGGUUUCCAAUUAAUCGACCAAAUGACCAACAGCCAACAGUAUUCACUUUUCUUAAUUUUGGAGCGUUAUUGCUUGGCGGUGGACUCUAUCGCUUUUCCAUUGCCCCAGGGGUUUGCUUCCUUCUUCACCUAUCUCGGAUAUCGCGCGUUGACUUUUGAAAUGUUUUUGCAAUACGUGGAGAAUCACGUAUUUGAAUUGCAAAUUGAUKUCAUGAAGACAAUUAUUAACGAUAUCAAUGACCUACCGGAGGGCGUUGAAAAGAAGCUAUCCUUGCUCUCGACUCUACCGAAAUCGCGUGCUCAGCGUUUAUUAAGAAGUUGGUCACAUCCAGAGAGUUUGAUGAUACGCGGUCGUGAACAUGCAGCUAACAUAUUAUCUGGACAGCCGGUACAACAGCGUGGSGGCAGCGCAGGUGUAAAUGCUAACCCCCAGGGACGCACAUCAUUGAAAAGUGAUAUUGCGGCUGGUACUUUAUCGCCCUUAGAUUCAUUUUUGGAUCUUCUCACCGCCAAGGCAAGCCUAAAUGAGUUGAACUAUAAUUUGYUAAUAGAAACCACGAUCUCAUCCAUGGAGAGGAUUAAUCAGAAAUCAUAAGCUAUACUUUGCAUUUAAUGUAACACAUUACAGCGUUAGGAAAGUGUUCGGGGCUGUGCCAUAAAAAUACCCUUAGCAGCUAAACUCGAGGCUUUAAAUUAAGAUAUAUUAGUUAUCGAGUUGUUUAAUUGACAUUUAKUUUUAUUGCUUUAUUUUUGUUGCUGCUGGCUUAAGAACUACUCGUAAUCGAGAGAACUAUUCCAAAARGGAAUUUAAAACUUUUAAAUAAAUUAUAUAAGGCCAAAGUAUAUUUAUAAUUAAUAACAUGUACACAUAUAUAUAACUAGGAGAUCCGGCCACGCGUUGCUAUGUUAUACUUUUUAUACUAUUAUUCAUAUAAUARACUAUUCAAUACAGCGACAAGUUUAUUUAGGAAUAAAAGCGAAAACAUUUUUGUCGGUUUAGGAAUCCAAGGGACUGUACUUUAAGUUUAAGUCUGAAUAUGUUCAUACWAAUAAAUUUGAUUGGAAAAAAUAACGAA